ACUAAGGGAGGAGUUGCGGCGUCAUAGGUCACUGGGCGGGCUAUGGGCGGGGUCCACGUCGCCUACCGGGGCGGAGCGGGGGUGGCCGGAGCAGUCUGGACAGUCAUGGCGGCGACUGUGGCGACGGCGGCAGCUGUGGCCCCGGCGCCAGCGCCCGGCACGGACGGCGCCUCUUCAGUGCACUGGUUCCGCAAAGGGCUGCGACUCCACGACAACCCGGCGUUGCUGGCGGCCGUGCGCGGGGCGCGCUGCGUGCGCUGCGUUUACAUUCUCGACCCGUGGUUCGCGGCCUCCUCCUCAGUCGGGAUCAACCGAUGGAGGUUCCUACUUCAGUCUCUGGAAGAUUUGGACACAAGUUUAAGGAAACUGAACUCCCGCUUGUUUGUAGUCCGGGGACAGCCAGCCGACGUGUUCCCAAGGCUGUUCAAGGAAUGGGGAGUGACCCGCUUGACCUUUGAAUAUGACUCUGAACCCUUUGGGAAAGAACGGGAUGCAGCCAUCAUGAAGAUGGCCAAGGAGGCUGGUGUGGAAGUAGUGACCGAGAAUUCUCAUACCCUCUAUGACCUGGACAGGAUCAUUGAGCUGAAUGGGCAGAAGCCACCCCUUACAUACAAGCGCUUUCAGGCCAUCAUCAGCCGCAUGGAGCUGCCCAAGAAGCCAGUGGGCUCGGUGACCAGCCAGCAGAUGGAGAGCUGCAGGGCCGAGAUCCAGGAGAACCACGACGAGACCUACGGCGUGCCCUCCCUGGAGGAGCUGGGGUUCCCCACUGAAGGACUUGGUCCGGCUGUCUGGCAGGGAGGAGAGACAGAAGCUCUGGCCCGCCUGGAUAAGCACUUGGAACGGAAGGCCUGGGUUGCCAACUAUGAGAGACCCCGAAUGAACGCCAACUCCCUCCUGGCCAGCCCCACAGGCCUCAGCCCCUACCUGCGCUUUGGUUGUCUCUCCUGCCGCCUCUUCUACUACCGCCUGUGGGACCUGUAUAAAAAGGUGAAGCGGAACAGCACACCUCCCCUCUCCCUAUUUGGGCAACUCCUAUGGCGAGAGUUCUUCUACACGGCAGCUACCAACAACCCCAGGUUUGACCGCAUGGAGGGGAACCCCAUCUGCAUCCAGAUCCCCUGGGACCGCAAUCCUGAGGCCCUGGCCAAGUGGGCUGAGGGCAAGACAGGCUUCCCUUGGAUUGAUGCCAUCAUGACCCAACUGAGGCAGGAGGGCUGGAUCCACCACCUGGCCCGGCAUGCCGUGGCCUGCUUCCUGACCCGCGGGGACCUCUGGGUCAGCUGGGAGAGCGGGGUCCGGGUAUUUGAUGAGCUGCUCCUGGAUGCAGAUUUCAGCGUGAACGCAGGCAGCUGGAUGUGGCUGUCCUGCAGUGCUUUCUUCCAGCAGUUCUUCCACUGCUACUGCCCUGUGGGCUUUGGCCGUCGCACGGACCCCAGUGGAGACUACAUCAGGCGAUACCUGCCCAAAUUGAAAGCAUUCCCCUCUCGAUACAUCUAUGAGCCCUGGAAUGCCCCAGAGUCAAUUCAGAAGGCAGCCAAGUGCAUCAUUGGUGUGGACUACCCACGGCCCAUCGUCAACCAUGCCGAGACCAGCCGGCUUAACAUUGAACGAAUGAAGCAGAUUUACCAGCAGCUCUCGCGCUACCGGGGACUCUGUCUACUGGCAUCUGUCCCUUCCUGUGUGGAAGACCUCAGUCACCCUGUGGCAGAGCCCAGCUCAAGCCAGGCUGGCAGCGUGAGCAGUGCAGGCCCAAGACCACUACCCAGUGGCCCAGCAUCCCCCAAACGCAAACUGGAAGCAGCCGAGGAACCACCUGGUGAAGAACUCAGCAAACGGGCCAGGGUGGCAGAGUUGCCAACCCCAGAGCUGCCGAGCAAGGAUGCCUGAGAGUGAGUGACAGCAGUCUAGAUUCAACCUCAGGAAGGAAGUUGGGAGUGGGGGGGCCUAUUGCCCUGCCAGCUGCAGGUUGAAACAUAGCAAACUAGAUGAAAAUCUGGUGGGACCACCCAAUGCUCAGCCACUAAAGCUUUACCAUUUUACAGUGGUAGCCGGGUUCCAUCCUGGCUUAGGGAAUGAGUACUUUCUGGUUGAUAUCUGUGUGACCUUUACCACUGGGCCGGCUGUGGUGGCUCAUGUAUGUAAUCCCAGCACUUUGGGAGGCCAAGGUGGGAGGAUCGCUUGAGGUCAGGAGUACAAGACCAACCUGGCCAAACCAACAUAGUGAGACUCCAUCUCUAAAAACAUAAUAAUAAUAAUAAUAAUCUGGUGGGACUGCAUGACUUUUAGGAUUUCAGCUCAAAAAUCCCACCAUUCUGACUUUUAUCAGAGAUUUAAAAGUCAAGCCCUUUUCUAUUUUUUUGCCAGCUAAGGGAAAAAGGGAGGCAUGGGGGCUGAGGGGUGGCACUUUCUACCUAUUAAAAUGAGUCACACUCAAGAGAAAGAAAGCUGAGACCUGUGUGUGAAGCAGCGGGGAAAAGGCCCAUUGCAGGGUCUGAGGCUGCUCCAGGCCCCCUGCUCUCCGACAGGCUGAGUUCUAUAGGCCAGCCAGUGGAGGGCAGCACUGACCUUGAGAAGCCUGGACAGAGGGCUGUGCUGUGUCUUACUUGGCCCAGCCCUGCCUGAGGACCAGUAGACCCAGUCUGUCAUCAUCUUUGCCUUUUGCGGCCUGUCCUCCCUUCUCACCCAUCCUGUGGCCUCAGCUCUGCACCUCCCUGGCAGCGCUCAUCUUGGAAGCCUCCUGAAUGUCAUCAAAACACUGGCUUCUCCUUUCCCAAGGGAGGAAGGGCCUUUUAUGCCACUCUUGGGGAAAUGUAAAUUCCUGUCCCCUCUGAGUCAUCAUCUCAAGCUGUUCCUUAUGCACCAUGUCUUCGUCAUUAGAUUGGAGGGUGAUUUUUCUCCAUGGAGCUGAUAGGUUCUUUUUAUCAGAUCCCUCUUACUUCAGGGCCAGGCCACGGCCAUCUGGUUUGAGUGUCUGGAUUUGUGUGCUCACUGAGAUGGGCAUUUGAUGCCUGCACCCUUCACCUUUCCUGGGCUCUUUGACAUAGACAUUGCUGAUGGACAGAUGUGUGCUAUCUUGUUCCUGGGAGUACCAGCAACCUACUACUCUCUCAGUUAUCUCUUAGCUCUGUGAUACUAAGCAAAGUUCAUCCUGUAUUACAAAUUUGGAACUUGCCAGGCUGACACUCUGAUUUUCGGAUGAGAAGACCAAAGAACAGAGAGGUUAAAUGUCUGGGUCAAGGUUGCUCAGUAAGCUAAUGGUGUCCAAUUCAACAUGAAAUUGUUGCCAGCAGGUGGGUGAAGAAGGGGGAGCAUUAAACAUAUAAAAUGUGAUGUGCUGUCCAUCCAUAAGGAUUGAACAGUCUGCUUAGAUAAAAAGAAGCAAUAACCUAGAAUUCCUGGACAAAUGAUACAGACUAUACAAGCUUAGCAGAAGGGAGCUGGUGUGGUCUGGAACAAUCAGGGAACAUAUCACAGAAGUUUGCGCUAGGGGGCCUGAAAAGUGAAUUGGAUUCAGGCAGUGAGCAGGGCGCUUAGGACAAGAAAAACAGCUGAAGGUUUAUGUGAUCUUGUACAAAUGACUUAACUGCUAUGAGACUCAGUUUCCUCACCUAUAAAUUAGGUUGCUGUUGCAACAAUUAAAUGAUUAAAUCUGGGCCGGGCGCAGUGGCUCAUACCUAUAAUCCCAGCACUUUGGGAGGCCGAGGUGGGCGGAUCACCUGAGGUUGGGGGUUCGAGAUCAGCCUCAUCCGCUUGGAGAAACCCCGUCUCUACUAAAAAUACAAAAUUAGCUGGCAUGGUGACGUAUGCCUGUAAUUCCAGCUACUCGGGAGGCUGGGGCAAGAGAAUCACUUGAACCCCGGAGGCAGAGGUUGCAGUGAGCCGAGAUCGUGCCAUUGCACUCCAGCCUGGGUGACAAGAGCAAAACUCUGUCUAAAAAAAAAAAAAGAUUAAAUCUGUGUGUGUCAGCUAGAAAUGUGGGGGUCUAUUAAUAAUAGCUCAAUUACUGUGGCUAAAACAAAUAGGGGCUUAUUUUUCUUACCUAACAAGGGGCCCAGAAAUAGUGUUGCUGGUCUGGGCUUGGGUGGCAGCCCCAGCUUCAGCCAUCAAUUCUUGAUCAAAGAGGAAAGAGAAGGGACAGCAAGGGCAGCUGCACUCCUUCCGUACACAUAUCAAGAGCUCAUGCUUUGCCAGACACCAUUCCACGCAUUGGGGGUAUGGUUGUAUACAAGACUGGCAGUAUCACUUCCCCCUUGGGUGCAUAUUAGUGGAAGGAGACAGACAGUAAACAAAUAAAUAUUUAAAAUUUCAAGAGGCCAGCCGGGCGUGGUGGCUCACACUUGUAAUCCCAGCACUUUGGGAGGCUGAGGCAGAUGGAUCACGAGGUCAGGAGUUCGAGACCAGCCUGGCCAACAUGGUGAAAUCCUGUCUCUACUAAAAAUACAAAAAUUAGCCAGGCGUGGUGGCAGGUGCCUGUAGUCCCAGCUACUUGGGAGGCUGAGGCAGGAGAAUCAGUUGAACCCGGGAGGCAGAGGUUGCAGUGAGCCAAGAUCGUACCACUGCACUCCAGCCUGGGUGACAGAGCUAGACUCAGUCUCACAAAAAAAAGUUUCAGGAGGCCAUCAGUGCUAUGAAAACAAUAAAAUAAAGUUGAGUAAGAAAGUAAGUUUGGGGCACAGAAGAGGCUGCAGUUCUGUAUUAUAAGGGUUGCUGGUCCAGGGACCAUACUUGGAGAAUCACUGACUUAGACCAAUCAUAAUCCGUUUUCUGGGCGAAGCCCAUUGCCUCCUGAACACAUUUUAGGUUCUGUUAACCAGGAAGUGUGGAUACUGGUAGACAGCUAAUGGUGACUGCUUUAUAGGCAAGACACUUACUCAAGUGUGUGGGUCAUGAGUGCUUGGUAAGCAGUAGUUAUUAUUGUAGGUAUUGUUAUUAUUGUAGAAGACACAAGGUUACAGUUGGGUCUGUUUAUGGAGGGUUGUAAAUGGCAGGCACAUGAGUCUGCUAGUGUACUCUUUGGGAGUGAAGAAACAUUUUGGAACAGGAAUGAUCAAACUGGCAUUUUGGGAGGAUGAAUUAGGCAUUGGGCUGGGACCUGCAGAGGAACAGGUUGGGGAGAGAAAGUCAGCUGAGAGGCUUGACAGUGAUUCCAAGGGAAGACAUGACAAGGAUGCAGAGGUAAGUGCCCAUCUCUUGCCCUGGAGUCGAGAAGAUUGUCAGCCUACUGGGAUUUUAAGGACUGAUUCUUGAGGUUUACUCUGCCCUCCACUGGUGGCUCAAUGGGGAGUUAGGCCAGGCUAGACUGUGAAGGUUGGGGGUGCAGAGGUCAGAGGAUCUGGGGUGGUGCAGACUUCCCUCCAAGACAGACUAGGGAGGAACAGCUGUGUUCUUUGGAAAUCCUGAGAGAAGAAGAGUACACCAUGUCUCACCAUGUGCUGGCAGAGGCACCUGGGCCUAAAGAUGCUUAGCAUCCUCAGCUGUAAAAUGGUGAUAAUAGCAUCUUGUCACCUGCCCUACCCAUCGAAAAAGUCUUUGAAUAUGUAAAACGCACUAUGCAAAUGGAAUCACAUUAUCAUCUUGCACUUUCUUCUCUGGGUGUCUUUGAUUAUGUUGGUGUUACUUCAGUCAGAGCCAGCACCCUAAGCUGAAUGGACCACAGAGCUGUGGCUAUGUAGCCCAAAUUGGUAUCAUAUUAUAUUGGGUCGGGGGAGGGGGGUGGCAGGGAGACUUGUCCCUUUUUCCUCCAUUUCCUCUGUCAUUUUUAAUUGUGUGACUUUGGGCUGGAUCCAUAGCCUUUCUGCCAUGCUUUAGGUGUAAGAUGUGAAUAGUCAUUCUUCAUCAGCCUGAAGGCUACAUCCUGGGCCUUUUGAGGUCUCCUUUAGCUCUGAGCUCUAUAGUUCUGGAUUCUGUUUUUCUAAUGCCUCAGGCCUGUGGCAGUGUACAGGGUGGACAGUCACUUAAAAUUUAAACUGAUCUGGUAGGAAAGCAUGGCCUCCAAUCAGUAGGUUCUACACUUACCUCAAAUCCACACCAGCUAUCUGUUCUGCAUUAAGUUUUAUUUUACAGCAUUCACUAAACUGAAAAACAAGCCAGCCCCCAAGUAGCUAUUGUUUCAAAUGGUUCCCCAUAAUCCCCAAAGCUGCUGACUGCUCCGGAUUCCAUUAGCCUUGAAUUGUGUACAGAUUUCUCUCAUUGGUCCAAUUAUUUUGCCAUGGGGAGAACAGCUCACGUGUUCCAUUUGCCCUUCUGCUGGUACAGACUGAUCUGUGGAGAGAAGCCCCACUGAAUACAAAAGGUUCCCGGCCAAGGAUCACCUCUUCCCCUCCCCCGCCGGCUUUUGUUAGCUCUGCAGUAAGCCUGACUGGGUAAAUCAUCGAGUAAAACCUGACUUCUGGAUUCUCCUUGAUGUCUUUUUGACACUAGUUUAGUUGUAUACUCUGUCCUUGUAAGGUGAAAGGCACUAGCAAUUGGUAAAAUGCUAAAUAGUGGAAGUGAAGGCAGUGUGGCAUUGGCCAGAGAGCCCUGCGUUACACUCAGACUAGUGUCUGCAUCCCAGACCUGCCAGCAUUACACUCAGACUAGUGUCUGUGUCCCAGACCUGCCACUUGCCUCUUGUGAGACUCCACCCAAAUAGUCUCACCUCUCUGUUCCUGCCUUUAAAAUCAGAGGCAGGAUUCUCAGUUCAUGCCUUUAAAAUCAGAAGUUUAGACUCAUAUCCCCUAGCGCUUUCCCUGGCACUUCAUAAGUAGGCGUUGACUGAUGGCUGUCCCUUCCACUUUCUUGCAUGAUCUGCAUGCUGUGGGAAGGGUAAAGGUGUGGUUGACCUGAGGAAUGAGAUUGAGCUCAGAGCUUCAGCUCUCUCCCCCAUCCAGGCCCAGCUGUACUUCCCUGACCCUCACUUGGAAGCAGGUAGCGAACCCUCUGCCUUUCUCAAGCUCUUGGGCACUGUGCCUUGCCCAAUAUGAUGGGGAGAGGGAAACAUUGAGACUCUGUGACAGUCUGCAAACAAAGUUUCCUCCAAACCAUCAGCUGUUGUGGACCCUCUGCCAGCAUAAACUCAUGCCUGCACACGUGCAUCCACCCCUCCAGGGCGAGGAGCAUAGGGACGGGCAGACUUAUACACUUGGGUUCUUGAUAGCAUCUAAUGGAUGGGAAGGGGUGUGAGGGCAAAGGUACCCAGGAGGCCAUGCUAACUAACAUUGGGUUGCAGAGGGAGACAGUCGUUACGCUUUUUGUUCUAGCCACCACUGUGUUUCUUGUAUUAAUGACAGGUUGAAAGAGUUGGACAACUAAGAGAUUGAUUUUUCAGUGAAUGUUUUAUGAGUUGAUUUUCCCUUGGUGCCUCCCCCUUGGCUGUUCUUCCCUUCCCUUUAGUCCUGCUGUCAUCAUUUUUCUGCAAGACCUCAUUUGAUUUCCCCAGACCCCUUUUUCUACAGACGCACGCCCUAGCUUGAGGACAAGAGCACGGCACCAACUAGUUAUCUGCUGAUCAAGCAGCUUGAGUAACUAGUUGAACAGGCCUUUAGCUAGCUUUAUAGGCGAGGCCAAGUUGGUUCUUCUAAACCUUGGUUUUCUGCGUUGGUAGCUUUGAAACCAUCAUAGAGGGACUUGGGUGACUAGGGCUUAUCUGAGUCCAGGACACUGCCCCCUCCUUUCAUGAGCCUGCCCAAAACUAACUGGUGCCGAAGUCAACAUAUGUCUGAAUUGUUAUCAUUAUAUCCACCUGACUGUACCUCACCCUCUUAUCUUCUAAGCUUAGGCAUUGGUUCUUAAACCCUGUUUGGGUUACUCCCCACUUUGGAAAGUCGAUGGAGGAUGGAACCCAUACCCAGAAAACUGCAUAUGUUCACACACACAGAGGAAUGUGCACAUCACUCCAGAGGCUCCAUGGACUGCCCCAAAGCCUAUCCUUGGGCUCCUUAAGGCCCAGGAACCCCAGAUUAACAGCAGUUAUUCUAAGGAAUCUUCAUGCACUCUUUAUCUUCCCCCAUCCCUGAAAAUGGAUAAAACACACACAAAAAAAAUGGAGGUGUUGGGCAAGGAGAACCUUUUGUAGUAUAUCCUGCAAUCCUGAAAGUUUUCUAUUUCAGAAGACUAGCCAUAUCUUUAGUUUAACAACAGGGGCCAGAGAGAGCCCUGUGUGUGGAGUAUAUACUAACAAUCAGCAUAUUUCAAUAAAUACAUGUACACCUUAAUAAUACAUACAUUUGUAGCAAAAAAAAUGGCUAGGUUAUUAUAGUACAAGCUUAAAGGGAAAAAUUAUUGAAAAUAACACACAUUUUAAAGAAUAAAACACACAGCCAGGUGCGGUGGCUCACGCCUGUAAUCCCAGCACUUUGGGAGGCUGAGGGGGGCGGAUCACCUGAGAUCAGGAGUUCAAGACCAGCCUGGGCAACAUGGUGAAACCCCAUCUCUACUAAAAGUACAAAAAUUAGUUGUGGUGGCAGGUGUCUGUAAUCUCAGCCACUUGGGAGGCCAAGGCAGGAGAAUUGCUUGAACCCAGGAGGCAGAAGUUGCAGUGAGCCGAGAUUGCGCCACUGCACUCUAGCCUGGGCAACAGAACAAGACUCUAUUAAAAAAAAAAAAAGAAAAAGUCGGGCUCGGUGGCUCACUCCUGUAAUCCCAGCACUUUGGGAGGCCGAAGCGGGUGGAUCACCUGAGGUCAGGAGUUAGAGACCAGCCUGACCAACAUGGAGAAACCCCAUCUCUACUAAAAAUACAAAAUUAGCCAGGUGUGGUGGCACAUGCCUGUAAUCCCAGCUACUCAGGAGGCUGAGGCAGGAGAAUCGCUUGAACCUGGGAGGCAGAGGUUGCAGUGAGCCAAGAUCACUCCAUUGCACUCCAGCCUGGGCAACAAGAGUGAAACUCUGUCUCAAAAAAAAAAAAAAAAAAAAGAAUAA